UGUAUCGUCACAGCGAGUAGCGGAGACGAUGGACCGGCAUUUGUGGAUGCUGUUCAACGUUGUGAUUUAGUAACAAUUCCUCGUGAAACUACUCUUUCGAUAGCAACGAGGAUGAAUAUGACCGGCUUGAAGGACAGGAACAUUAAUCUGUUGGGAACCAUAAAAUUCACAAGCAACAUUUCAUAUUGGGUCAACAACGGUUUUCCAUUUGAGUUCCAGGAUCAAAUCGCCUUUUGGAUCGUAGGUGGGAAGAACAUCCUUAUCAAUGGUGGCGGGACAAUAGAUGGUUCAGGUCAGGUCUGGUACGACGCGUUUGCCACUAACAGCACUCUCUUGCGUCCGAUCCUGCUCACGAUUUACCAAGCUACUGAUGUUGCCAUCAAAAAUAUUACGAUGAUCAACAGCCCUGAGUGGUUUAACUUUGUCAAUGAAGGGAAAAAUGUUGUCUACGACGGCAUUAAUAUUAGUGCCCUCUCCACAUCAAACAACCUUGCGAAGAAUACUGAUGGCUGGGAUAUAUAUCGCAGUGAUAGCGUUUCCAUCAUGAAUUCGAACAUCAACAAUGGCGAUGAUUGUGUUUCAUUAAAACCAAAUUCAACGAAUGUCAUUGCAUCAGAUUUAUACUGUAACGGUUCCCAUGGUAUUUCCGUGGGAUCCCUCGGGCAGUAUGCUGGGGUAUAUGACAUUGUCCAAAACUUCACUUCGACCAAUGUCCAAAUGUAUAACGCUCAAAAUGGCGCGCGCAUUAAAGCCUUUGCUGGUCCGGGGGUCGGCAGUGGCAUUGUGAAGAACAUUAGUUUUGGCUUCUUCACCGAGGGCAAUGUCGACAACCCCUUAAUCGUUGAUCAGUGUUACAUGACUAACGCAACAGAAUGUACUGCAUACCCUUCCAAUGUAUACAUUCAGGACGUCACGUUUUCUAAUUUCAAGGGCACUUCGUCUGGAAAAAUGAAUUCCGUAGUUGCUUCGCUAGCAUGCUCUCCGGACGCCCGCUGUAACAACAUCAGUGUCGACGAUAUUUCCCUCGAACCACCUUCAAAAGAUGGUAGUGCAACCUACUCUUGCCAGAACGUGAAUAUCACUGGAAAUGCUGCUUACCUAUUCGGUAACUGUACAACUACCUAA